AUGGCUGAUCUAGAACGAGCAGGAACAGAAAAACCCAGAGCCAACAACAGUUACAACCCAAACCAGUACUAUGCGGGGACUCAAGAGCAUCAAUGGACAUCCUGGUUGAUUCCUAUGUUUGUGGUGGCCAAUAUUAUUGUCUUCAUUGUGGCUAUGUUUAUCAACAACUGUCCAAGGAACAAUACUGGUAUUGAUGGCAAGUGUGUAGCCAAGUUUCUUGGUCGGCUUUCAUUUCAGCCUCUCCAGGAGAACCCUCUAUUUGGCCCAUCUUCUUCCACAUUGGAAAAAUUGGGAGCUCUGGAGUGGUUCAAGGUUGUACAUGGGCAUCAAGGAUGGAGACUUGUCACUUGUAUUUGGUUGCACGCCGGUGUCAUUCAUUUGCUUGCAAACAUGCUGAGCUUGAUCUUUAUCGGCAUCCGCCUUGAACAGCAAUUUGGGUUUGUGCGCGUGGGGAUAAUCUACCUGUUGUCAGGACUUGGUGGGAGCAUAUUAUCAGCCCUUUUUAUUCAGCGCAAUAUUUCUGUUGGUGCUUCUGGCGCUCUGUUUGGACUUCUGGGAGCUAUGUUAUCGGAGCUUCUCACUAACUGGAGUAUAUACACCAACAAGGCUGCAGCUCUAUUGACGCUUAUAGUCAUUAUCGCCAUUAACUUAGCAGUUGGAAUUCUUCCUCAUGUUGACAACUUCGCCCACAUCGGAGGAUUCUUGGCUGGGUUUCUCCUUGGUUUUAUUUUGCUCCUUCGUCCUCAGUUUGGAUGGAUGGAGAGUCGGAAUCUUCCAGCUGACACUCAUGUCAAAUCUAAGCACAAGCCUUAUCAAUAUAUUCUUUUGUUGCUUGCCUCUGCCUUACUGAUUGCUGGAUUAACUACGGGAUUGGUGUUGCUGUUCAAAGGAGAGAACUUAAACAAGCACUGCAGCUGGUGCCAUUACCUAAGCUGUGUGCCAACCUCAAGAUGGAAAUGUGGGAACUGA